AUGUCGAAAUUAACUCCAGCAAAGAAGAAAAUCAUGGUUGCUUUAUCACCGAAACUGUUCGCAUUUGGCGGAGGAACAAAACCUGUUUCACAAUUGUUGUUUAACAAAUACGACACAGAUCAAAGUGGAUUGAUCUCCGUCGCUGAACUUCGAUUUCUUUGUUAUGACAUGGGAUAUUUCCUAUCCGAUGCUCAACUUGAUUGGGCACGAACUCUGAUUGAUAAAGAUGGAAGUGGAGAAAUAAGUUAUGCGGAAUUCUCUGCUUGGUGGCAAAAUCCGUUACGUUUUGACCAUUUGUUACUAUCUGAUGAACAAUUGAGUAAAUUACGUCGAAUCACCGAUUUAUUUCGCUCGUUUGAUAAGAAGAAUCGUGGCGAAUUGGAUAAGAAAGAAUUCGAAGAACUUUUUAGAGAAUUAAUCAAAGAGAAACUGAUGGAAGAAAAUCAAGCGAAUCAAUUCGAUGAAAUCGAUCGAAGUCAUGAUGGACAUAUCAAUUUCAAUGAACUAAUCGCUUGGUUCUACGACCAAGGUGUUUUACAAAAGAUGGGUGUUCUACCUGAGAAAAAAGAUGAUUAG